AUGGCAGGAUUCCCGGCAGAAGGUCACAUUGGUGUGCAGUAUUGUAAACUGUGUCUCAGUAGCAACAUCUCAAGUGUAGCACUGGCAGAAGAGGUAGACACUGGCUUGAGCACUCAGCGUGGUGGUGAUUCAUAUUCUACCCUUUCUUCAGUUGAAGAUGGUGUAUAUAAUACUCCUCCCAUUUUCCCUACAGCAAUAACUGUGAGGUACAUUGGGGGAACACGUGUGUGGCUGCAGGAACUGGAUUAUAUGCGGCCCUGCACUCUUGGAUCCUGUGCUAAUGGCUCCAUGCUCUUCACUUCAGACUACGGUGAGGUGUUCUGCUAUCCCUGGGCCUCUCUGCCCAAAGAAAAAAUCCUGCCAAUGCAUCAGUCAAGUGUAGACGGUGUGGAGGACAUGUCCAUGCUGGGAGACCUGCAUGAGGCUGCCAUCUUGCUCAAUCUGCACCAGCGCUACAAGCAGAACCACAUCUAUACAAGCAUCGGUUCUAUCUUGGUUUCUGUGAAUCCCUACAAACCCAUUGCUGGGCUGUACGAUGCAUCCGCCAUUGACUUGUAUCGACAGCACUGCCUGGGGGAGCUGCCCCCUCACAUUUUUGCCACCGCCAGUGAGUGCUACAGCUGCCUCUGGAGGCGUCAUGACAGCCAAUGCAUUCUGAUCAGCGGAGAAAGUGGAGCAGGAAAGACAGAGAGUACCAAGUUGCUGCUAAAGUUUCUGUCAGCCAUGAGCCAGUUCUCGUUGGGUAGCUCUGCUUUGGAGAAGACAACCCACGUGGAGGAAGCUAUCCUGGAGAGCAGCCCAGUCCUGGAAGCUUUUGGAAAUGCCAAGACAGUCUAUAACAACAAUUCUAGCCGUUUUGGCAAAUUCAUCCAGCUACAUUUUUCCCAGCACGGACAUAUCCAGGGAGGGAGGGUCACAGACUAUUUAUUGGAAAAGAACAGAGUGGUUCACCAGAACCCAGGAGAACGUAAUUAUCAUAUCUUCUAUGCAUUAUUAGCUGGUGUCAGCGGGGAACAAAGAGAAGGUCUCCACUUGCUGGAACCCAAGAAUUAUCGAUACCUCAGCCAGUCUGGCUGUAUAAUUAACGAGGACCUGGAUGACCGAGACAUGUUCAGCAAGGUUAUGACUGCAUUUGAAGUUAUGGGAUUCAGUUCUGAAGAGAUCAGAGAUAUCUUCAAACUUAUAUCUGGCAUUCUACAACUUGGAAACAUUGAAUUCAUGACUGCUGGAGGAGCUCAGAUUACCACAAAAACGGUGCUGCAUAACAUCAGUGAACUGCUUGGCUUGGACACCUUCCAGCUGUCUGAAGUACUUACUCAAAGAUCCAUGUUUCUACGUGGGGAAGAAAUUAGCUCUCCCCUCACUGUGGAACAGGCUACUGACUCCAGAGACUCUCUUGCCAUGGCCCUUUAUUCACAGUGCUUCUCGUGGAUCAUUGGGAAAAUUAACUCAAAGAUCAAAGGGAAAGAAAAUUUUAAAUCUGUGGGAAUCUUGGAUAUCUUUGGUUUUGAGAAUUUCCAGGUAAAUCGUUUUGAACAGUUUAACAUUAACUAUGCAAAUGAGAAGCUCCAAGAGUACUUCAACAAGCAUAUCUUCUCCCUGGAGCAGCUUGAGUACAACAGAGAGGGAAUAAUCUGGGAAGCCAUUGAUUGGAUGGAUAAUGCAGAAUGCUUAGAUCUUAUUGAGAAGAAACUUGGCUUGCUGGCGUUAGUUAACGAGGAGAGUAGAUUCCCCAAAGGCACAGACAGCACCCUCUUGGAAAAACUGCACAACCAGCAUGGGAACAACCAAUAUUACAUGAAGCCUCGAGUGACAGAUUUCCAUUUCGGGAUCCAACAUUAUGCUGGAGAAGUCCUCUAUGAUGUGAGAGGCUUUCUGGAAAAAAACAGAGAUACCUUUCGAGAUGACAUUGUAAACAUGCUGAAGGAUAGCAGGCUGGAUUUCAUCUAUGACCUCUUUGAAAGAGUUUCUAGCUGCAACAGUGAAGACACUCUGAAGUUGGGAACUCAGAGACGCAGACCAACUGUCAGCUCCCAGUUUAGGGACUCCUUACAUUCCUUAAUGGCUACUCUCAGCACUUGCAACCCACUCUUCAUUCGCUGCAUCAAACCAAACCUGGAAAAGGCUCCAAAUCUCUUCAGUCCAGAUGUUGUGCUGAAACAGCUGCGAUACUCAGGGAUGCUAGAGACAGUGAAGAUUCGGAGAGCUGGCUUUCCCGUGCGCCGUCUUUGUCAAGAUUUCCUCUGCAGAUACAAAAUGCUUUUGAAGAAUUGGAGCAACCCGGACAGUGCAAAAACCACAUGUGCAAACUUUUUGCAGAUGUAUGACAACACACAGAGAGAAUGGAAGCUGGGGAAAACCAAGGUUUUCCUGAAGGAGGUUCUGGAACAAAAGCUGGAAAAGGCCCGGGAAGAAGAGCUGAAGAAGGCGGCCACCAUCAUCCGAGCCCACGUCCUGGGCUACAUGGCAAGGAAGAACUAUCGAAGGGUGCUAGCCAGUGUUGUGACCAUCCAAAAAAAUUACCGUGCUCACUUCUGGAAGAAGUCUCUCUUAUGCCUGAAAGCCUCUGCCGUUGUCCUGCAAAAGCACUGGCGUGGGCACCUAGCUCGCAGACUCUAUCAAGACCUGCUGGAAGAAAAGCAGAGGCAGAAAGAGGAAGCUGAGGAGCAGAGGCAAGAAGAAGAGAGGAUUAGAAGGGAGGAAGAAGAAAGGCAAUGGCAAGAAGAGAGGGAGCGUAGGAGGAAGCAAGAAGAGAAGGAAAAGAAAAGGAAAAAGGAGCAGUUGGAAGCAGCACUGCAGAUAGCUCAGAUGGAGGUACUAAAAACCCAGAAGGAGAACCAUCCACUGCGGGAAGAGGAACAGCGUCAAAUGGAGGAGAUUCUGCGGUUGGAAAGGGAAAUUGAGAAGCUGCAGUGGCAACAGAAAGCAGAUCAUGUGUCCAUUACGUGUGAGAAUACCAAGAAUGAGAUGAAGCGGCAACGGGAAGAAGAAAUACAGAGGCUGGAGAAAGAAGCAUCUAGGGUUGCACAGGAGUUCUUAGAACUUUUAGAUUUUGGGAACCUGGACGAAAGCGUGCAAAACCUGGAACGCUCCCUGUCCAAUGAAGGAACUCUCAAUAUUGAAUGCAGCCUUGUUGCUCCACUAGCUGAGGAAGAAGAAGAUGAAGGUUUUCCGGCUGAUGAAGAAGGGCCACCAGUCCCCAGCCCAAGUCUGUUGAACCAGGACAGUAGCACCAGGACCAGUGAUAACUAUUAUUCCGAGGAAGACACAUCUCCAAAUAUGCCAGUGUCUGGGGAGGAAGAGAACAGAGAAGGUGAUGCUCUGCUUCCUUCUACUGAGAGAGCUGGAAGCCCUGAGACAGAACAUCUGAAAAGCAUAUACUGGAUAGGCUCAGAAGUAAUGCAGAAUGACACGGUGGAGGUGGAAGAUCCAAUUUACAGCUUGCCUCCAGAUGUGGAAUCAGAUUAUGACCAUGAGGAAUAUGAUGGCAUUGUAGAUAUCAGCAGCACAUCAAUUGAACCACUGAACAGGGAGGAAGGCCUGCACAAUUCUCAUAGCAAUGGUGUGGAUUCCCAUCGUGGAAGCUUGGACUCGUUUCUAGAUACCAAAGAUGAUGAAGAAGGGGAUACUUACAUGGACACAGAUGAAGAAUUCUGUAGCGGCCGGGUCACUCUGUUCAAUGGAUCUGGGCCCGCAUAUUUUCACAGCUAUCUCUACAUGAAGGGGGGGUUGAUGAAUCCCUGGAGGCGGCGUUGGUGUGUCCUAAAAAAUGAGGCCUUUAUGUGGUUCCGAGCCAAACAGGAGGCCUUAAAGUCAGGCUGGCUUUAUAAGAAAGGAGGAGGCAUGUCCACGUUAUCUCGUCGGAAUUGGAAACGGCGCUGGUUUGUCCUGAGAGAAGCCAAACUGAUGUAUUUUGAGAAUGACAGUGAAGAAAAGCUGAAAGGAACCAUUGAUAUCAGGAAAGCAAAGGAAAUUGUGGAUAUUCAUGAGAAAGAGAAUGCCCUUGAUAUUGUGACAGGUGACCGGGUUUACCACAUAGUGGCGGAGUCACCAGAGGAUGCCAGUGACUGGUUUAAUGUCCUAAGUCAUGUGCAUAGUGCCACAGAGCAACAGCUGAGAGAAAUGCAAGAUGAGCAAGCCAAUCCAAAGAAUGCGGUGGGAACCCUUGAUGUUGGGCUUAUUGAUUCUGUCUGUGCAUCUGAUAAUCCUGACAGGCCAAAUUCCUUUGUGAUCAUCACGGCAAAUAGAGUCAUUCAUUGCAACAGUGACAUCCCUGAAGAGAUGCACCACUGGAUCUCUCUCCUACAGAAGCCCAAAGGCGAAUCCAGGGUUGACGGACAGGAGUUUAUUGUGAGAGGGUGGCUACAUAAGGAGGUCCAGAGCAACAGCAAGACGUUGUCCCUGAAGCUGAAGAAACGCUGGUUUGUACUGACCAGCACUGCCCUUGACUACUACAAGUCUUCAGAACGCACCGCAACCAAGCUUGGGACCCUUGUUCUCAAUAGCCUCUGCUCAGUGCUUCAGCCCGAUGAAAGAAUCUUCAAAGAAACUGGUUACUGGAACAUCACUGUGCAUGGCAGAAAGCAUUCAUACCACCUCUACACAAAGUUGUUGAAUGAAGCCAUGCGCUGGGCCUCUGCCAUCCAAGGAGUCAUUGACAGCAAAGUUCCCAUUGAAACACCCACACAGCAACUUAUUUGUGACAUUAAGGAAAAUAAUACAAAUUCUGAAGUGGUAGAACAAAUCUACCGAAGGAAUCCCAUCCUGAGAUACACCCAGCAUCCCUUGCACUCACCACUGCUGCCACUGCCUUAUGGAGAUGUUGGGAUCAACAUGCAGCAAGAGAAGGGCUACAGCAGUCUUCAGGAUGAAGCCAUGAAGAUCUUCAACUCCCUUCAGGAAAUUGAGUCAGUGUCUGACCCUAUCCCCAUUAUCCAGGGCAUCCUUCAGACCUGCCAUGAUCUCAGGGGCCUCCGCGAUGAAGUCUAUUGUCAGCUGAUCAAGCAAACCAAUCAUGUGCCACAGCCCAACAGCCCUGGUAAUCUUCAUCACUGGCAGCUCAUGACCUGCAUGAGCUGUACCUUCCUCCCCAGCAGGGGAAUCCUGCGUUACCUCAAGUUUCACCUCAGAAGAGUAAAAGAUCUCUUUCUGGCCACGGAAGUAGACCGGUAUUCUCAGUUCAUCACUGAUUCACUGAAGAGAACUAAGAGCAGAGAAUUUGUCCCCUCCCAGGAGGAAAUACAAGCACUUAUCGCUCGGCAGGAAAUGACCACUACUGUCUAUUGCCACGGAGGAGGUUCCUGUCAGAUCACUAUCAAUUCUCACACCAGUGCAGGGGAGGUCGUAGAGAAGCUGAUCCGGGGACUGGCCAUGGAAGACAGUCGGAAUAUGUUUGCCCUCUUUGAGCGCAAUAAGCAUGUAGAUAAAGCCAUUGAGAGCCGGGUGAUUGUAGCAGACGUUUUGGCCAAGUUUGAGAGACUUGCUGGAUCCAUGGAAGAGGAUGUGGAUGGCCAUUGGCAGCUGUAUUUUAAACUGUAUUGUUUUCUUGAUGUUGAAAAUGUUCCCAAGGAGGGAGUGGAAUUUGCCUUUAUGUUUGAGCAGGCUCAUGAAAGUCUCAUUGAUGGCCAUUUCCCCGGCCCAGAGGAGACCCUGCAACAUUUGGCAUCGCUGAGACUGCAGUAUCUUUACGGGGACUAUUCCAAAAUCUCCUGGUCCCUCGAUAGCGUCUAUCCAGUGAACCGGCUGAAGUCAAAAAUUCUGCAGUCAAUGAAAAGUAGCGGUUCCAGCAGCCAGGUUCUGGAGAGAAGGCGGACUAGCUUCCUGGAGGGCACUCUGAAGCGUGGCUUCAAGGCAGGCUCGGUGAAGAAGCAAAAAGUGGAAGAGGAACAGAUGGCAGAGAUGUGGGUGAAAGAAGAACUCUCAGCAGCUCGGGCCAGCAUAACAGAAAAGUGGAACAAACUGCAGGGGUUGCUACAGCAACAGGCCAUGGUGGCUUACAUGGCAGUCAUGAAGGAAUGGUCAGGUUAUGGCUCCACUCUCUUUGACGUUGAGUGCAAAGAAGGGGGCUUUCCAAAUGACCUUUGGCUCAGUGUCAAUACAGAGAAUGUGUCACUGUACAAACGGGGGGAGCCAAAGCCUCUGGAAACUUUCCAGUAUGAGCAGAUUAUCUUUUUUGGAGCUCCUCAGCCCAACACCUUCAAGCUAACUGUGGAUGAAAGAGAGAUGUACUUUGAAACCCCCCAGGUGGGAGAAAUAAUUAAAAUCAUGAAGGCUUACAUCAACAUGAUUGUGAAGAAAUGCUGUAGCAUGAGAUCAGCCACCAGCUUGGACAGCCAUGCGAGUAUCUGGAUGAGGUGAUUGGAUUUGCAGAGUUAAUUAUGCUGCUUAGAAGGACAUGUGCUGUGACUCAGCCAAAUUUGUAGCAGAUUCAUUUUGUAAGAAAACAUUAUUCCAUAAUU